AGAGGAGUAGAAUUUGUCUUAGCCACACUGUAACAUAAUUAUUUCUAUGAUUAGUUAUUUGUACUUUAGUAGCUUGUGAAGCCCUCACCAAGGGCAGAACUCAUUAUGGCAGGUGCUGUGGCAAUGUGAUGUUGGGCAGUCUCUGCCCCAGUGCACGUGCAAUCAAAACAGCAGGACAGAAAGAGGCAAUUAUUUUUUUUUUAUGGGAUUCUCAAAGUGGAAAUUAAAAGCUACAGCAAAUGGACGUAGGGGAUGCAGGGUUUAUCCUGUGUGGAUAUGGGAUCCUAUGGGUUAUAUAUAUGCUAAGGAGUAUCCUAGGACAAACAAUUUCAGCUGGAGAGAUGGGGAUGGCUUUGUCCCACCUAACCAACUUGCUGCUUGCAUUACUUCCCGGAGCAGCCUCUCAUAUUUUCCUCUUUUGGACUCUGCCUUAAUCACUGAGUUUGAAGAACAUGUGUCCUUGGUGUGUCCUCUUGCAGAUGUGCUUUCUGCAGGGAGAGCUGUAGGAGCCUACCUUGAUGUGUCAAUUCUGGGCAGCAGAACACAUAAAGCCAUUCCUGGUGGCCAAGUGGUGGGGACCCAGAGAACCAAACCCACAGCAUUUCCUUUUGGAGGGCUCUCUGUGGCACUCCAUAUCUUGGUUUGAUGUUUCCUGCUCACCAGCUCAGGUUCAGAAAGGCCCAAAACAGCUCCCUCAGCAUCUGUAACUACCCAGCAGAGUGGAUUGUGUUCCAAGCUCGGAGUGACUGAAAAUGUGCAUCAGGGAAGUGGCUGCCUCAGUGUCUUCCAUACUAUACUUCUGGUUUGGCACCGUUUGACAUUUACCCUGCCACAGAGCUGUCCCCUCCUUCUGAGAACAGCCACAGUCUAAAUGAAGAAAAGAAAAUUAAUUCUGAGUUUGAUAGGCUUCAGCCCUUCUCAGAGUCAAAGAUGAAAGCUGAUGCGGGGUCAGCAUCUAAGGUCUUCAGAGAGAAGAACAUGGUUCAAGACCCAAAAAGGGCUACAGCACCUGACUCAUGAAGUCCACUAUUGCAAUACCCUGUGGAAGUCACUCCAGGAUACGGACGGGGAUUUCACUGCUGCCCUAUCCCUACCAUAGCUAAAGCAAAGCCCAAGCCUCUGGGAAACCACUGCGCUUUCCCCAUUGCCUUCGGAAGGACAGCGUCCAACAGUGAUGUCAACAGAAACAAACGGAAUGUGUGAUGUCACAGCCUGGUUGCCCCGGCAGGGAGGUGCGUUGCCUUUGGUGAGAACACAGAGUAGGGAAGGCGUCCUGUGGUGUCUGCAGGAGCACCAUUGCUCUGAACGUUGUCGAAGAGUGUCGGUCCAGGACUGGGAUUGAAAUGCUGCACUUCACCCUCCUCUGUUUCGCUUUUCUGAUUGGCAGCACCAAUGCAGAGUGUGGCCUCCGACCAUCUCACAAGUCCUUUCGGGACAGUGGCAAGAUGAUCGCGGCAAGGAGAUAUGCCAAGGCUGGGGAGUUCCCAUGGCAUGUGAGCAUCCAGAGCAAGGGGAAACAUAUCUGUGGAGGCACCAUCAUCAGCAGAUCAUGGAUUUUAACUGUGGCCCAUUGCUUUGGAGAAGAGGUGCCACCAGACCUGACCGUCGCAGUGGGGGGAAAUGACCUCAGCCUCCCGUUGGAAGAACAUAAACUGGAGAGCCUGAUCAUCCACGAAGGAUUUGACAAUAUGAGCAUGGAAAACGAUGUCGCUCUGAUCCUGCUCAGCUCUCCCAUCCAGUUCAGCAAUGAGAAAAUCCCAGUCUGCGUGCCCUUCAUGUACGACAUUGAUAUGUGGCAACACUGCUGGGUUUCUGGGUGGGGAAUCCCAAGCAACUCCAAGACAACAGCUGCGGAGGCACCAUCCCCCAUUCUGCAGAAAGCACGGAUGAAGCUCGUCAGCAGGGAGCGGUGCUUGGAGCGGAUCCCACCGCUAAUGGAGAACGUGCUGUGUGCUGAGCUGGAGAAAGGAGAAAGAGGUCCCUGCCAGAUGGACAGCGGGGGACCUCUGGUUUGCAGCUACUGGACCACCAUGAAGUGGUUUCAGGUUGGCAUCGUCAGCUGGGGAGAAGAUUGCGCAGAAAAGCCAAACCCUCAGAUCUUAGUGUCAGUUUACAACUACCAUGACUGGAUCGAAAAGGAGACAGCCAUAAGAAGGAAACCUUUCUUCGCUGAAGACAUGGAUAACCAUACAAAUGCCAGGGUGAUUCCUUCCAGGGCUGGGACACAGCUGGCAUUCCUUGAGUAUUGUCUCCUUGUAUUUGUCUCUUUAGGAGCAAUUAGAUUAUUGUAGAGAAGAUUUUUCAAAACAUAAUAAAAGUCAGAACUACUGUCUCA